UAAAUGGUUAUUGAUUCUUCAUCAGAUCAAUAGCUAAACUAUUUACUUUUUAUUCUGUUUUUGCUUUUUAUUAACCUGUGAAUUUGAUUUCGUUUUUCUUUUGUCAGUUAAUUUCUUUCAAUUUCAACCAUGGUUAAAAUCGGUGUUAUUGGUGGAACGGGAUUAGAUGCUGAUAUCAACAUUGUUAAAGAUAUUGUCAAGGUUAAUACGAGUCCCACACCUUUUGGUAAACCAUCCGAUGAUGUUGUUACCACCGGUAAAAUUGGCAAUGUUGAAGUAGUUAUUAUGAGUCGUCAUGGAGCUAAACAUGAUCGAAAUCCAUCCGAUAUUAAUUAUCGAGCCAAUAUUUGGACAUUGAAGCAACUCGGUUGUACUCAUGUUCUGGUUACAAAUGCCUGUGGAUCGUUACAAGAAAAUUACAAACCAGGAAUGAUCGCCAUCGUUGAUCAAUAUAUUGAUAGGACUGUAUCACGAUUAGCGACAUUUCAUAAAGUGGCUCACAUUCAAGCUCAUGCCUUUAAUAAAACAGUCCAAUCAAUUAUCGCCGAUGCUUGUAAAUCAGUUGGAGCUGAUUAUCGUUCCGGUGCUUGUAUUGUUGUCGUUGAAGGUCCUCGUUACUCCACCCUGGCCGAAUCGAGGCUUUAUAAAUCAUGGGGAGGUGAUAUCAUCGGCAUGACAACCUUUCCUGAAGUUGUAUUAGCUGCUGAGGCAGGAUUAUUUUACAAUUCAAUUGGUUUAGUUACUGAUUAUGAUUGUUGGCACGAAGAUGAAGGUGAAUCGGUCACUGUUGAUCUGGUUAUGGGUCGACUCAAAUUACUCGCCGAUGUGUCAAAAAAAAUUCUAAUCGAAACAAUUACAAGAAUUGGUAAACAUGAUUGGACCAAAGAAAUCGAGGCCAAAACCCAAGAAGCCAAAGGAGCAAUUAUGGUUCCUUAAAUGAUUAAGAGUCUAAGGACUCGAACGAAUCAAAGCAACAAUCAUUGCCUUAUAUUAUUAAUAAUUUCGAUUUGCUCAAAAUUAACAAAAUUCACACUAUUUAUAUAUAAAUUCACAUAAAUUGUCUGAAAAUUUCUCAGACAAUAGUUAGAUGAACAAUUUCAAAUCUUCUUACUCUUAAAUGUAAUUAGAUCAAUCGAUUGUCAAUAGUCGAGAUUCUUUUUCAAUAAAGAAACGAUAUACGAAAAACUUUAA